GGAGGAGGAGUUUGAGAAAAAGACUUUUAGAGGCCCCGUUUGCUUUCCUCCGAGUGGCGCGUGUGUGCGUAUGCGCGCGUUUAUGGCUGACCCGAACUCGAGUCCAUUAGCUCGUGUGGUUUUGCAGCAGUGUCUGCACGCGCAGCUGCAAGUGAAGCCUGCUGAACCGGAUUCCGAAGCCAGAUGGGUAGAGAUCCAACGUGGUCUUAUUAUCUAUGUAUGUUUCUUCAAAGGGGCCAGUGAAGAUAUUAUUCCCAAAAUGGUCAAUACAAUCCUGAAUGUGAAAUUAAGUGAAUGUGAAGAUGGCAAAUAUGUGUCUAUUUUGGAUUUGCCAGGUAGUAUACUUGUAAUACCACAAGCCACACUGGGUGGUAAAUUGAAAGGAAGAAGAAUGCAAUAUCAUACCAACAUUGAAAAAGAAAUUGGGCUAGAACUCUAUUCCCAGUUUGUGAUUCAUUGUGAAAAACAACUGGCUGCUAAUGUCAAAUGUGCAGAAGCUGGUGUAGUCCUGAAGCAUGGCACAUAUGGAAACCGACAAGUGUUGAGAGUAGAUACAAAUGGACCUUACACUCAUCAGAUUGAAUUUUGAGACAUAUGUGCUACAGGUAACAAUUAACCUGAUGCUAAUGUUUGUGUGCAAAGAAAAUAGAAAUGUCCACCAGUAACUUCAGGUCCACAUUUAUAUGUUUAUUUUUUGCCACAUUCUCCCAUAUUUCUUCUUUAUCAUACAAUAAUUCUGUCAUGGAAAACCAAAAAGUCCAAUAGAAGAUUGUUUUGGUCCAUGAAUCUUUUCAAACAACUCUUAAACUAUAUAGUUUCUUUUCUGCCCAAACUUGUACUUACAGUAUUUCACCCCCUCAUAUUUUGUAAAUAUUUAGGUAUAUCUUUUUAUGUGACAACACUGAAGAAAUGACACUUGGCUACAAUGUAAAGUAGCUUGUAUAACAGUGUAAAUGUGCUGUCCCCUCAAAUAACGCAAUACACAGCCAUUAAUGUCAAAACCCCUGGCAACAAAAGUGAGUACACCUCUAAAUGGUAAUGUCCAAUUUGGGCCCAAAGUGUCAAUAAUUUGUGUGGCUGCCAUUAUUUUCUAGCACUGCCUUAACCCUCUUGGGCAUAGAGUUCACUAGAGCUUCACAGGUUGCUACUGGAGUCCUCUUCCACUCCUCCAUGACGACGUCACAGAGCUAGUGGGUGUUAGAGACCUUGCGCACCUCCACCUUCCAUUUCAGGAUGCCCCACAGAUGCUUAAUAGGAUUUAAGUCUGGAGACAUGCUUGGCCAGUCCAUCACCUUUACCCACAGCUUCUUUAGCAAGGCAGUGAUCGUUUUGGAGGUGUGUUUGGGGGCCAUUAUCAUGUUGGAAUAUUGUCCUGUGGCCCAGUCUCUGAAGGGAGGGGAUCAUGCUCUGCUUCAGUAUGUCACAGUACAUGUUGGCUUUCAUGGUUUCCUCAAUGAACUGUAGCUCCCCAGUGGCGCCAGCACUCAUGCAACCCCAGGCCAUGACAUUCCCACCAUGUUUGACUGUAGGCAAGACACACUUGUCUUUGUACUCUUCACCUGGUUGCCACCACACAUGCUUGACACCAUCUGAACCAAAUAAGUUUAUCUUGGUCUCAUCAGACCACGUGACAUGGUUGCAGAAAUCCAUGUCCUUAGUCUGCUUGUCUGCAGCAAACCAUUUGCGGGCUUGUGCAUCAUCUUUAGAAGAGGCUUCCUUCUGAGAUGACAACCCUGCAGACUAAUUUGAUGCAGCAUGCAGUGUAUGGUCUCAGCACUGGCAGGCUGACCCUCACCCCUUCAACCUCUGCAAUACUGGCAGUACUCAUACGUCUAUUUCCCAAAGCCAACCUCUGAAUAUGAUGCUGAGCACGGGUAUUCAACUUCUUUGGUCGACCAUCGCAAGGCCUGUUCUGAGUGGAACCUGCCCUGUUAAACCACUGUAUGAUCUUGGCCACUGGGCUGUAGCUCAGUUUCAGGGUCUUGGCAAUCUUGUUAUAGCCUAGGCCAUCUUUAUGUAGAGCAGCAAUUCAUUUUUUCAGGUCCUCAGAGAGUUCAUUGCCAUGAGGUGCCAUGUUGAACUUCCAGUGACCAGUAUGAGAGAGUGAGAGCGAUAACACCAAAUUUAACACACCUGCUCCCCCUUCACACCUGAGACCUUGUAACACUAACGAAUCACAUGUCACCAGGGAGGGAAAACUGCUUCUUGGGCCCCAUUUGGACAUUAUCACUUAGAGGUGUACUCACUUUUGUUGCUAGGGAUUUAGACAUUAAUGGCUGUGUGUUGCGUUAUUUUGAGGGGACAGCACAUUUACACUAUUUUACAAGCGGUAUAGUCACUACUUACAUUGUAGCCAAGUGUCAUUUCUUCAGUGUUGUCAUGUGAAAAGAUAUACUUAAAUAUUUAUAAAAUGUGAGGGGAUGUAUUCACUUCUGUGAGAUACUGUAUAUACAUAGAACAUAUACUCAAACACACACAUUGUAUGUACAUACAGUCCUAUUAUCUCUAUCUGUGUGUGUGUGUAUAUAUACACACAGAGACUACAUACUUCCUAUUAUCUUUAUCCAAUCUUCUAUUACUAUCACAAUGUUUCUUCUAAACUAUUACUUAUAUACUAUGAUCUAUAUCAUAUAUGCAUUAAUAUUUCCUUCUUACAGAGCCUAUUCUGACUUUUAUUCCCUUUCUCUGGAAUUUCUUCUUUUCUACUUCUCUUUUAAUGGCCAGUAGGUAGAGCUCUUGCAUCUUUCUAAAUUGUGCUUUCUUUUCUUGGGUUUUUGUACAUAUUUUUCUCUGGACUAUCCACUCCCUCUGAAAGAAAAACAGAAGGCUGCUGUUCUUCUCAGUUUACUGGUGGCUGCAGAGCUCCAAAAACACACCUCACCUCCCACACCUGUGUCAAAAUUGAGGCUUUAUUGGCUUCUCUGCUGUGCUAAUGUGGGGGAAAGGCUCAAAUCAGUGGUGGGAUUCAAAUUUUUUUACUACCAGUUCUGUGGGCGUGGCUUGGUGGGCGUGGCAGGGGAAGGAUACUGUAAAAUCUCCAGUCAGAGGUGGUAUUUGCUGGUUCUCCUAACUACUCAAAAUUUCUGCUACUGGUUCUCCAGAACUGGUCAGAACAUGCUGAAUACCAUCUCUGGCUCAAAUGGAAGGAAUGGCAGUAGCACAGGUGCUUGCAAUUUUGAAGACUGCUCUUGCAUAGGCUAGAACAUGGGUGUCAAACUCGCAGUGUCAUGUUGCCAUCAAGUGACAUUUUGAGACACUUCCCCUUUGUGGAGCUGUGGUGGGCGUGGCCUGCGCGUGACACUUCUGACCCGCGAGCCACCUAUUUGAUGCCCCUAGGGUAGAAGCUGGGGACCAUGAGUUGUAUUCCUGUCUUAGACAUGAAAGACAGCUUAAUGACUUUGCACUAGUCAUUGUCUUUCCCUCAAGAAAAGACAAUAGCAAACCGUUUCUGAAAUCUUGCCAAAACAACUCCAGGGACUUGUCCAGGCAGUUGCCAGGAAUCUCAGAGAUGCAUGUAUGCACACAUUUUUUUUAUAAACAGGAAAAGGGUAAUUAGAAUUUUGAUUUUGGAAAAUUAAAAACAAAGGAUCCAGAUGGAUUUGAAUUUUUUUUGGAAUUUAUCAUAAUAAACCUUACCAUAGCUUUGUUUAAUUCUUUAAAAACAUGAUAGAAAUGGACUUUGAAGAUUGAACACUACAGGGAACUAGGGGGAACUUAAUAUUAAAAUUAAAGGAGAAGUACACUUAAAUUUGUAUUAUUAAUACAGAAUGAAGAAAAAUAUUUUAACAUUGGAUAUAUUGAAAGAUAUUUUUGAAGCAGGGAUCUAGGAGCUAAUUUUAAGAGUGUCUGUUUUUAGAUAGUAUUUAAAUGGUUUGGAAGAGGAACAAGUUUUACCUGACAACAUUGAGACCUAUUUUAAAGUAUAUUUAGUAAUUAUAACCUACAAGAAUGAUAUGAGAGAAGAUGCUAGACUACAAAGGAAACCCGCUGAUGUCUUAUUAAUUAAAAAUAACAUACAAAUAAUAAACUAAGAGAGUGACUGGGAUAAUUUUCCUGUAUUGGAUUUACAAAAGAGGCUUAUUAAAGCUUUAAAGAAUUUUGUUAGCACAAAGAAAAAAUGAAGAGAAAUCACAUUCUAAAACAUUAUUUCAAGAUCAAGAUUGUUAAAAGUAAAAGUAAGGAAUAUAAAGCUUAUUCAGUGUUUAUUAAUGUUUAUUCAGUUUAUCCAAUGUUUAUUAAUGUUAAAAUAGAUACUUUAUUUCUGAUAAUCCUUAAUGGACUUCUGCUGAUCAGGAUUGAAAUUAAAUAUUAAAAUUAAAGACACUUAAAUGAUCCCAUAUUUAAUUUUCUCUUCUCAUAAAGAUAAUUUGUCUUCUAAGGUGAUAAAUUACUAAAAUUGUUUAUAUUUGUGAUAAAGUUACCACUUUAUUUCUUUUUCAUUACUACAUUCUUAUUUUUUCUAUUUUCUGCAUCUUUUCUUUUUAUUCUAUAUUUUUGUAUCUUUAUUUUUGCAAUUAUAAUUCUUAAACACUUUUUAAUUCUGGAGAUUUUUUGAAGGACUUUGGGCAGGAUUAUGGCAUUUAUAGAUGCUGAAUUGUAACCUCUUUUUUUUAAACCUCUUAUUAACCUCUUAUUUUCCUAAUAUGGGCCUAAAUUCCAUUCUAUAUCCUUUGUUAAUGUCUUCCAUACACUGGUAUAACUUCUGUAGUUGUUGGCUUUCAAAUGAAUGAAUUGAAAUAAAAUAUGAUUCUCA